AUGGCCCUCAGCCUGCCUGGCCUCAGGGGCUCAGCUGAGAGAUUCUGCAGAGUUUGUGCUGCAGGGACCUUCCGCAGCGACCCCCUGAUCUCAGCACCCUGCCAGCCCUGCCCAGCCGGCUUCACCUGCCCACCAGGUGCCACCAGCUGUACCUGCCAUGGGCUCAACAGGGCUUUCCAGCACUCAGAUGCCUCCUGCAUCUGCCAGGCAGGUUAUGUUUAUUAUGAUGAGAGAGGCAAGACAGACCCUGACAGCAACAGCGAUCAGGAUUGCCGACCUCAGGUGGACGAGCUGUGUGCCCCCGGUGAGGUCCGGCUGGCGUCCACGCGCCGCUGCGCCGUCCCCGAGCGCCACGACUGCGCUCCCGCCUGCGGGCCAGCGGGAGGAGAGCUCCACGCACAGCUGGGCAUAUGUCACUGCAGGCAGUACAUCUCUGCUGAGGAGCUCUGUGACCAGCUGUGCCUGCUGAGAGCCCCACGCAUCUCCCUGGGCUUUGGCAGCCACAGAGAGCUGCUGCUGAGGCUCAGCGAGGGGCAGGUCAGGGAGGUGUCAAACGUUCUGGGCCCAGAUGAGCACGUGCAGAGCAGCCAGAGGGUGCAUUUGGUGCUGUUCAGUCCCCAGGGAGUGCUGGGGUUCAUUGUCUCCAGCACAGAAGUUCUGGAUGCGUUUCUCAUGGGGAAUUUCUCCUGGGAUCAGCUGCUGCAGAAGGGGCGCAGAGCCCAGAGGAGUUCCCCCAAAGGCAGGCAGGCCUUGCCCCUCAUCCCCAACCCAGUGGUGUGUCUGGAAACAGGGGACACCAUCCUCUUCCAGCUCAGCAUCAACUCCCAGGCCCGUGCCUCCAGCCAUUACCCCGUGUACCAGAAGCAGCAUCUCUACAACAACAACCCGGGCUGGGAUUUCGGGCCCUUCCGAAGGCUGCACCACCUGAUCCAGGAGACUCAGCUCAACAUCUCCUGGUUUGCCCACGUUUUCCUGGAGCCUGGGACAUUUGUUUUCAGGGACAGCUCCGUUCAGGAACGCUUCCUGAUUGUGACAGUGAACGAUGCCAACGUGAGCUGUGGUCCUGGGGACGUGUCCUUCCAGCCCUCCUCCCUGUUCCAGCUGGCCAGGCACGGCAUUUUGAAGCAGCAGGAUCUGAACUUGGCUCCCAACUGGGCUGCUAUCACAGCGAUCCUCUUUGUCCUGGGCUUCCUUGUGGUGCUGCUGACCACCCUGGCCAUCGUGUUCCAGCCUGCUGGCCCCAAAAUUAGCCCCCUGAAGGGCUGGAAGCCACGAUGGAGGAGCCUGGGAGAGCCCCACAUCCCACCAGAGUACAUCCUCCUUAAGGACAGCCUCCAGUUCUAUCAGAUGCUUGGUCCCCGUGGAUCUGGAGAAGAUCCUGGCUCUGGAGAGAAAGGAGCAGUGCCCAGUGCAGAAAACAGCUUUGCACCCGGGCUGCUGGAGGAUUUCAGUGUCCGGACCCUCUAUGACAAGCUGGAGGAUCAGAAUUUGCACCUGGCCUCUCAGCUGGCCAAGCACAGGAGGGACGUGCUGCUGUUCCACAGCGGGGUCAGCCAGAGCAUCCAGAGCCUCGUGGACACGGUGCAAGCCCUGGACUGGGAAGCCCUGAAAACCUUUUCCAGGCAAGGGAUCUGUGGGCAGAAAGCUGCAGAGCAGAGCUGGGCAGCAGUGGGGGCUGAGCUGAGGGAUGGACACUGGAACUUGCAGCCAGGUGCCCCGUGGCAAGAGGUGGCAGAGUUAAUGAGAGCUGUGGAGGUGCUGCUGGGGAACACUCCUGACACGAGCAGAGCUGCAAACCCAGAGAUGGAGCUCAGGAUCCAAACCCAGGCUGCAGUGGGAGCUGCACCCUCCCAGCACAGCCUGGCCACUGAAAACAACCCAGAAGGGCAGCCUGCCUGGGCACCAAGAGCACGGUAA